CACUGCUGGUCUCUAUAAAUAGAGAGAGCUAUCUCGUUUCAUUUCUCAUUCUUAAAGCCAAAGGUUCAUUAAGCGCAGUAGUUUGCAUAAGAGACCGAAGCUAUAUAUCCGCUUAUUCCUAAAAAUGACGAUAGUAGAGAUGCAAGUGCACAUGGACUGUUCUGGCUGUGAGAGCAAGAUAAAGAAAGCUCUCAAAAAGAUUAAAGGAGUAGACGAUAUCGAUGUGGAUAUAAACAUGCAGAAGGUGACUGUAAUGGGAUGGGCUAAGAAAGAGAAGGUUUUGAAGGCAGUAAGGAGGACUGGAAGAACAGCUGAGCUUUGGCCUUACCCUUACAACCCUGAAUAUGGCCACAACCUUAAUGUUCAGUACUACCAGCAGCAUCAGCCCCGUGAUAACUACGAACAUCACCACCACCACAACCAUCGUGAUCGUCAUGAACAUCAGAGCAAACACAAGGUCACCACCUACAAUUCGAUUCCCAGUUACUCGUCCUAUUCGUAUAAUUACUAUGAGCAUGGCUACAGUGGCAAGGAGCACGGCUACUAUCAGCCUCCUCCUUACUCCACUAUGUUCAGUGAGCAGGACACUGCUGUAUUCAGUGAUGAAAACCCUAAUGCUUGUUCCAUUAUGUGACAUCAAUUAAGGUCCUGUGUUAUUAUUGGGCUUCUAUGAUCGGUGCUAAAUCCAAGAGCUAAAACAGCAGUACUGAACGGCUGCACACUCGUACUCUGUACGAUUUGCCUCCUGGUAUAGUCUUUCUAAGGUAUUUCUAAGUUGGUCUUCACCUUGCAGAAUACAUAAGAUAUACAUGGAGCUCUUUCAUGCCGGAAAUUCAACUUAAUAAGUAGGACUAGUUGUCUACCUUAUAUCUGCCCCUGGUUCUAGUGCUUGAUUUCCUAUUCGGUUUUCUUGUAUAUAUAUGCAAUUGUUCAUGUAUAUAUCUACCAGCUAGCUUCUGAGUGAUGAUACACGUACAAGUUUUAUUCACCGUGUGCCUCUCAUAAGUCUCUCCAUUACUUUAUGUAGUAGCCUAGUAGGAUUUGAUCGAUCAGUGAUCAUGUAUCAUAUAUAAUGAAGAAGUGAUAUAUUUUAGCUUUUCCCGGUU